AUGCGCUCCCAAUUGACUCGCAGAAUCUUCCGUGGACUUCUGUCAAAUGAAGGCCUCAUAUUACCAUGCCCACAUCGAGUACCAUCGAUCUUAACACAUCGUCGUCGCCGAAAUGCAAAUCCUACCUUACCUUACAUAUCCCAUCGUUCUCUCUUCGGAUUUUCUCCGGCACCUCCUCCACGACAACCUAAACAGCCGGAAUUGGAACCGGGAAUGAAAAAGAUGGCAGAAUUUAGCUUGAUGACGAGGAUCCAUGCGAGACGUGCGAAUAAGGAUGACAUGCUGAAAGCCUUUAAUGAAUUCUUCAAAUAUAAAGUCGAUAUGAAACGAGCGGUUAAUAAUGCUGAGGCAGGGCAUGCGCUGAGAACUUUAAAAUAUCUCAUUAGCUGUGGAUUGGGAAAGGGAGAGGAACAAAUCAAGGACUUGAGAAUGGCUCUGAAGGCGUUGACGAUCAUUCCGAAAGACGACACAAACGACUUUCUGGAGAUGGCGAGACUUCUCUUCCUGGAGAUUAAGGAGUUAUCCGGGUCCAACGAUGACAGUCCAAGUUAUGAAUACUUCAUAAAGAUACUGAGUGGAGUUGGCCAAUCUCUAGAAGCGAAAGAGCUUUGUGAAGAGGCCACUCGACAUUUCGUGGAGGAGAAAGUGACGUCCCCGAGAUCCGAAAAUUACAUAUCCCGACAGCACAAAAUCAUGAAAGGGAACUGGUAUGCCGUUUUAUCUGGUUUCGCGCGAGAAGAAAAUGAGUCGGAACUUUUGAAGACAUAUGAGAGAAUGGAUGAGCUACGAUUUGGACGUGGGAGUACUAGCAAAGAAAUCGUCACCAAGUUUUAUACCUCGAAAGACCGUAUUGUGGAAGCGCAAUCGUGGUUUGCGAAGGCCGGGUAUAAUCCUGCAGAUCUUACCCCUAGUAUACUGCAUGAUGUGCUUAGGUUCUCUCUUCGCCAUGAAGAGCUACUAGAUUGGUGCAAGGGUAUCUUUCGUAGAGUACUGGAGGCAGAUCGACUGCAGAAAGAAAAAUGGGACAUUGUGUUUCAAUGGGCUGCCAGUGCCAUGGACAAAGGUGUUGAAGAUGUGGAACGCAUGAUGCGUGUCAUGGAAAAGCGCUAUCCUCAGGAUCUAUCGAUGCGACCAGACAUUGAUACAAUCAACGGCCUGGUCGAGUACGCAAUAUUGAAAAAGGAUCCGUAUCUCGCAGAACGUUACAUCGCCUUGGGGCAGAAGUUCAAUAUUCGUCCAAAUGCACGAACUUUCAUUCUACAGAUGGACUAUCGAGUCGGUGCUGGCGAUAUUUCGGGUGCCCAAGUAUCAUAUAAUCUGCUUCAAGGCGAGGAGAUUUCCGAAGACGAAGACCUGCCUGUUAUCAACAAAUUCGUCCGAGCUCUCUGUGCCUCUGAGAGUCUACCCUACAAUGAGAUUUCAUCAAUAAUGAAUGAUCUCGAAGAGCGUAAUGCGAGAUUAGAGGCAGACACGGUGUCCGCACUCAGUAUGAUGUACAUCAACCGCAACGAACUUGAUGAGGUAGUGGACUUAUUACAAGUUAACACUUACCACUACACCCUUACGGAGCGAGCUCGGAUACGCGAUGCAAUACUUGCUUCUUGUUUCGAUGAAAACAACGACGAUUCCCGUAUGUGGGAUGCUUAUCGUGUCGUUAUCCACAUCUUCGACGAAACCGAUGUUCCAGCACGUACACGUGUUAUGAAUGCGUUUUUUGAUCGCAAAAGAUCAGAUAUGGCUUGUCAUGUUUUUGGUCAUAUGCGCCAGCACAUCGUUCCUGCAAACCGGCCGGUGCUAGACACCUACAUAGAUUGUUUUGUUGGUAUAGCAUCAUGCGCAGAUGGAGAAUCUCUUGAUAUGGUUCACAACAUGUUGAAAAUGGACAGUACCAUAGAACCUAACACUCGUUUAUAUAAUUCUCUCAUGUUGGCCUAUACAGCUUGCGAAGACUCCAGUCGAUCUCUACACUUCUGGGAUGAUAUUACAAAUUCUCGUGAAGGGCCUAGUUAUAAGAGUUUGGAGAUAGUGUUUCAAGCAUGCCAGAGGAAACCUUUCGGAGAUCGUCCGGCGAGAGAAAUUUGGGAGAAAAUGCUGAGGAUGGAAAUUGAUAUUACAAGGGAGGUCCAUGCUGCUUUUGUUGGAGCAUUGGCGGGACAGGGGAAAUUAGAUGAAGUUAAAGUAUUGGUCGAGGCCAUGGAGAAGGAUGUAGGAUUUGGUCCAGAUUUUUUGACCAUCGGCACUAUUUAUAAUGCAAUCCAAGGCUCGAAUCGAAAGGAUUUGGUGGCGGAAUGGACAAAGGAAUUAUAUCCUGAGGUGUGGAAGGAGGUGGAGAAAUUGGGAUUUUGGGAACAUGAGGAGGGUCAUAUGGUGCUGAAUAUGCCGGAGAGAAAACUCAAAGCUUGA